CGUGGGUCCAGUUACCACCGUCCUGAAACUCGUUCUGGACCACGCUUGACAGAUGCACAACUGUUGCUUCGGCCAAUAAGAGUGCCUCGUGCUGCUCCUCCCCCAGACCUUGGCACCGCUGCCAGCCGUGGUUCCGGACUUGCCUCGGCUCGGCUUCCGAACUGUUAGUAGCCGGCAUCUCAACUCAUCUGAGCUCAACUCAAGUCAGCUCAGUUCAAGUCAAGUCAACCACGACACCGGGAGCAAAGUCCACUUGAAUCCAUACCAUUUCAAGCUCAACCUUUACAACAGCAUCCAGCCAACCCCACCCUUUCUUUCCCGUCCAAUCCCCAAACAACCCUGACAAUGGACAUCCAAUCCCUCUUCUCCGUCAAGGACAAAGUCGUCCUCGUAACCGGCGGCGCCAAAGGCGUCGGCCGCAUGAUCUCCGAAGCCUUCGUCCGCAACGGCGCGCGCGUGUACAUCGCCUCGCGCGACGCCGCCGCCUGCGACACCGCCUGCGCCGAGCUCAACGCCCUCCCCCCCACCACCACCUCUUCACCAAAGGGAAAAGCGAUAGCGCUCCCCGCAGACCUCUCCUCGCUCCCGGCAUGCGAGCGCCUGGCGGCCGACCUCGCGGCGCGAGAGCCCCGCCUGCACGUGCUGGUCAACAAUUCCGGCGCGACGUGGGGCGAGGCCUACGACAGCUACCCGGACGCGGCGUGGGACAAGCUGCUGACGCUGAACGUGCAGCGCGUGUUUGCGCUGACGCGGCUGCUGACGCCGCUUCUCGAGGCCGCGGGGGCAGCCUCCAGGUCUAACCCCGGAGGAGGAGAAGAAGGGGAAGGCGGCGGGGGGGUGGUGCUGGACCCGGGCCGGGUGAUCCACAUCGGGUCGAUCGACGCGCUGCGGGUGCCGCUGCUGCCGACGUUUGCGUACAGCGCGAGCAAGGCGGCGCUGCACCACCUGAGCCGGCACCUGGCCGUGGAGCUGGGCCCGCGCGGCGUGACGAGCAACACGCUGGCGUGCGGGCCCUUUCCGAGCAAGAUGAUGGCGGCCACGCUACGGAAUUUCGGGGAUGAGAUCAAGGGCGCGAAUCCGCUCGGCCGUAUUGGCCUGCCCGAGGAUGUCGGCGGCGCCUGUCUCUUUCUGGCGAGCCGGGCGGGCGCGUUUGUGAACGGGGCGACGGUGGCGUUGGAUGGGGGGGUGUCGUUGAUGAGUAAGAUCUAGGGGGUGGUGGUGGUC